GGUAUGCAGCGACCAUUUCCCUUCAAGUCUCAAAGGUGGAAACACUUAAAAGGAUUACAAGCGUGAUUUGGUGGCCUUACUGAAAGUUGGUGGCCUGAGGAAGAGAAACUGCAAGGCUACGGCACGAUGGAUACAAUUCAGCCUCCCAGAGAGUUUGCACCUCCCGCUGGGCAGCCCCUCGGAGCAAAUCUCGGAGAUCUAGAGCGCUCUGCAUGGAUAGUUUUGUAAUCAACUACGAAUGAUGAAACCUUCCAUAGCUGAGAUGCUUCACAGAGGAAGGAUGUUGUGGAUAAUUCUUCUAAGCACAAUUGCUCUAGGAUGGACUACCCCAAUUCCCCUGAUAGAGGACUCAGAGGAAAUAGAUGAGCCCUGUUUUGAUCCAUGCUACUGUGAAGUUAAAGAAAGCCUCUUUCAUAUACAUUGUGACAGUAAAGGAUUUACAAAUAUUAGUCAGAUUACUGAGUUCUGGUCAAGACCUUUUAAACUGUAUCUGCAAAGGAAUUCAAUGAGGAAAUUGUACACCAACAGUUUUCUUCAUUUGAACAACGCUGUGUCCAUUAACCUUGGGAACAAUGCAUUGCAGGACAUUCAAUCAGGAGCUUUCAAUGGUCUUAAGAUUUUAAAGAGGUUAUAUCUACAUGAAAACAAACUAGAUAUCUUCAGAAAUGACACCUUCCUUGGCUUGGAGAGUCUGGAAUACCUGCAGGCAGAUUACAAUGUCAUUAAACGUAUUGAGAGUGGGACAUUUCGGAACCUAAGUAAAUUGAGGGUUCUGAUUUUAAAUGAUAAUCUCAUCCCCAUGCUUCCAACCAAUUUAUUUAAGGCUGUCUCCUUAACCCAUCUGGACCUACGUGGAAACAGGUUAAAGGUUCUUUUUUACCGAGGAAUGCUAGACCACAUUGGCAGAAGCCUGAUGGAGCUCCAGCUGGAAGAAAAUCCUUGGAACUGUACAUGUGAGAUAGUGCAACUGAAGAGUUGGCUGGAACGCAUUCCUUACACCGCCCUGGUGGGAGACAUCACCUGUGAGACCCCUUUCCACUUCCAUGGAAAGGACCUGCGAGAAAUCAGGAAGACAGAACUCUGUCCCCUGUUGUCUGACUCUGAGGUGGAGGCUAGUUUGGGGAUUCCCCACUUGUCAUCAAGCAAGGAGAAUGCAUGGCCAACUAAGCCUUCCUCAAUGUUGUCUUCUGUCCAUUUUACUGCUUCUUCUGUUGAAUAUAAGUCCUCAAAUAAACAGCCCAAGCCCACCAAACAGCCCCGAACACCAAGGCCACCCUCCACAUCCCAAGCUUUAUAUCCUGGUCCAAACCAACCUCCCAUUGCUCCUUACCAGACCAGACCACCCAUUCCCAUUAUAUGUCCCACUGGGUGUACCUGUAAUUUGCACAUCAACGACCUUGGUUUGACUGUCAACUGCAAAGAGCGAGGAUUUAAUAACAUUUCUGAACUUCUUCCAAGGCCACUGAAUGCCAAGAAACUUUACCUGAGUAGCAAUCUGAUUCAGAAAAUAUACCGUUCUGAUUUUUGGAAUUUCUCCUCCCUGGAUCUCUUGCAUCUGGGAAACAAUCGUAUUUCUUAUGUCCAGGAUGGAGCUUUCAUCAACCUGCCCAACCUAAAGAGCCUCUUUCUUAAUGGCAACGAUAUCGAGAAGCUGACACCAGGCAUGUUCCGAGGCCUACAGAGUUUGCACUACUUGUACUUUGAGUUCAAUGUCAUCCGAGAAAUCCAGCCUGCAGCCUUCAGCCUCAUGCCCAACUUGAAGCUGCUAUUCCUCAACAAUAAUUUGCUGAGGACCCUACCAACAGACGCCUUUGCAGGCACAUCCCUGGCCCGGCUCAACCUGAGAAAGAACUACUUCCUCUACCUUCCUGUGGCUGGUGUCCUAGAACACUUAAAUGCCAUUGUCCAGAUAGACCUCAAUGAGAAUCCUUGGGACUGUACCUGUGACCUGGUCCCCUUCAAACAGUGGAUUGAAACCAUCAGCUCAGUCAGUGUGGUGGGUGAUGUGCUUUGCAGGAGCCCUGAGAACCUCACCCACCGUGAUGUGCGCACAAUUGAGCUGGAAGUUCUCUGCCCAGAGAUGCUGCACAUCCCACCAGCUGGAGCAUCCCCAGCCCAGCCUGGAGAUUCUCACCUUGCUGGGGGGCCAACAAGUGCAUCACCUUAUGAGUUCUCACCCCCUGGAGGCCCCGUGCCACUUUCUGUGUUGAUUCUCAGCCUGCUGGUUCUUUUUUUUUCUGCAGUCUUUGUUUCUGCAGGCCUCUUUGCCUAUGUGCUCCGACGGCGCCGGAAGAAGCUGCCCUUUAGAAGCAAGAGGCAAGAAGGUGUGGACCUUACUGGCAUCCAGAUGCAGUGCCACCGGCUUUUUGAGGAUGGUGGCGGUGGUGGAGGUGGAAGUGGAGGUGGGGGCAGACCAACUCUUUCCUCCCCAGAGAAGGCUCCUCCUGUGGGCCACGUAUAUGAGUACAUCCCCCACCCAGUUACCCAGAUGUGCAACAACCCCAUCUAUAAGCCUCGUGAGGAGGAGGAGGUGGCUGUUUCAUCAGUCCAGGAGGCAGGGAGCGCAGAACGAGGGGGUCCUGGGACACAACAACCAGGAAUAGGUGAGGUUCUCCUAGGAAGUGAGCAGUUUGCUGAGACACCCAAGGAGAACCACAGCAACUACCGGACCUUGCUGGAAAAAGAAAAAGAGUGGGCCCUGGCAGUGUCCAGCUCCCAGCUCAACACCAUAGUGACGGUGAAUCACCAUCACCCUCACCCUCACCACCCAGCAGUUGGUGGGGUUUCAGGGGUAGUUGCGGGAACUGGGGGAGACUUGGCUGGGUUCCGCCACCAUGAGAAGAAUGGUGGGGUGGUGCUGUUUCCUCCUGGGGGAGGCUGUGGUGGUGGCAGUAUGCUACUAGACCGAGAGAGGCCACAGCCAGCCCCCUGCACAGUGGGAUUCGUGGAUUGUCUCUAUGGCACUGUGCCCAAAUUAAAGGAACUGCACGUCCACCCUCCUGGCAUGCAAUACCCAGACUUACAGCAGGAUGCCAGGCUCAAAGAAACACUUCUCUUCUCGGCUGGAAAGGGCUUCACAGACCACCAAACCCAAAAAAGUGAUUACCUCGAGUUAAGGGCCAAACUUCAAACCAAGCCGGAUUACCUCGAAGUCCUGGAGAAGACAACAUAUAGGUUCUAACCGUAAAAGAAAAAUAAAUUAGUGCUUUUUUUUUUU